AUGCCUUCCGACGAGGACUACAAGUGGUACUCCCUGGGCAAGGCCAUCACCAACCACCCGAACUCGACCUACUCAUACCCGGACGCCACUCGCUUCAACGCCGACACGGGCAGCUACCGCGCACAUCCUUCCUACUCGAACGAUCAGGCGGCUCGGGAUCGGGAGUACUGGGACUCCUCAGGGCGGGACUUUGCAUACUCCAGCAGCGACGCGAGACACUGGGACUCGAAGAAUCAUGGGAAGUGA